AUGGAAGAGGAGCAAAUGGAGAAGCAGUUGACGAGAGGCUCUGGUCGCGGCCUUUCCCUCUUGCUUCUGCCUGAAGCUCUUCUGAAUGGCCUCGGCUUCUACCUUCACGGCUGCGGUGGUUUCGAUGAAGGUUGCGCGCGGCAGAUCGUGGAUAAUGCGCUACUGAUGCAUGAUCUGGUUAGAGUUUAUAACAGAAAAGGGGAUCAGCCCAGAGCUGUCCUAAAAAUUGAUAUCAUGAAGGCUUAUGACACUCUACAGUGGGAUUUCUUAUUCUUCUUCAUGCAGAAGUUGGGAUUUCCUGAGAAAUUUAUCAGCCGGAUUAGAAAUUGUGUUAGCACUGCUCAUUUUUCUGUUAAUCUAAAUGGUUCACUUGUGGGCUAUUUUCAUAGUGAAAGGGGUUUGAGAAAAAGUUUCAACUUCUAUCCAAAAUGCAAAUUGUUAGGCUUGUCUCAUUUGGCCCUUGCAGAUGACUUGUUCAUUCUGUCAGCUGGAACUAUUAAAUCUUUUCAGGUUUUCUAUGCCAGCUUGGAGGAUUCUACUCAGGAUAUACUUUCUGAUUUGAUGCAAAUGAAUGCUGGUGCAUUACAAGUCAAAUACUUGGGCCUGCCUCUUAUAUCCACCAGGUUGAGUUACAAGGACUGCCUCCUUGCUGAUAUUGAGCGUGAGUGGAAAGCCCGGAACGAGGCUAUACAUCAAAAUAUCCAGGCGUCUGCUUUUAGCAUCGUGAAGACUGUUAUUGACACCAUGAGGCAUGCAUAUUGUGAGAAAUUUCUAAUUUUGUGA